AUGGCUGCCGGAACGGAUAAGCAUGCCUGGUGGAAGGAGGCCGUAAUCUAUCAAAUCUACCCGGCUUCAUUCUACGAUCUGAACGGCGAUGGCUGGGGCGACAUCAAGGGAAUCACUGCGAAGCUCGACUACUUGAAGGAUUUGGGAGUUGACAUUUCUUCAAAUCCCCCCAGGCCGAUAUGGGAUAUGUCCGACUAUAAGGACAUUGAUCCCAGCUACGGCACUUUGGGUGAUGUUGAUGAACUCAUUGCUGAGCUGAAAAAGCGCGACAUGAAGCUCAUGGUUGACUUGGUUGUCAACCAUACUUCUGAUCAGCACCCCUGGUUUUUGAAGUCUCGCUCUUCUAAAACUGACCCAUACCGUGACUGGUACAUCUGGAAGGCCCCGAGGUUCGAUGAGAAUGGUAACCGGCAGCCUCCUAACAACUGGGCUCAACUUCUUGGUGAGGGUAACUCCGCAUGGACCUGGGACGAGAAGACCCAGGAGUACUAUCUCUCUCUUUUCACCCCUGAGCAGCCAGAUCUCAACUGGGAAUGUGAGGCUGUUCGUGAGGCUGUGCAUGACGUGCUUCGCUUUUGGCUGGACAAGGGGGCUUGCGGCUUCCGGAUGGAUGUCAUCAACCACAUUUCCAAAGUACAGACAUUUCCGGAUGCCCCCUACAAGACGCCAGGUCAUCAGUUUCAGCCAGGAGACCAAUUCUUUGCCAACGGCCCGCGCAUGCAUGAGUUUUUGAAGGAGAUUCACCAGAAGGUUCUCUCGCACUACGACACCAUCACCGUUGGUGAGAUGCCCUUCGUGCGGGACGAAGAUGAAAUUAUCAGGGGCGUAGGCGCAAAGGAGAAUGAACUGAGAAUGAUCUUCUCCUUCGACAUCGUCGACAUUGACAACGUCCCCAAUCUUGGCUUCAAACUGGCCCUCCACCCGUGGGACGCCCGCGAUCUCCGCCGCAUCGUGAACCGUCUCCAGCGGCUCAUGAUCGAGCGGGAUGGGUGGAACUCUGUUUUCAUCGAGAACCACGACCAGCCCCGCAGUGUUUCACGCUACACUGACGACAGCGACCAAUGGAGAGACUACGGCGCGAAGUUGCUCUGCUUGAUGCAGACGACACUCUCCGGCACUCUCUACGUCUAUCAGGGCGAGGAACUCGGCAUGAGGAACGUGCCGCCGGAGUGGGAGCCGGCCGAGUACAAGGACAUCGAGACAAUCAACUACUGGAAAAAGAUGAACACCAUGUACCCCAACGACGCAGCCAAGCUCAAAGAAGCGCGGCACGUCAUGCAGCGCAAAGCACGCGACCACGCACGCACGCCGGUGCAGUGGACUGGCGGGCCAAACGGCGGCUUCUCGCCGAACCUGAAGGCGGGCGCGCAGCCGUGGAUGCGCGUCAACGACGACUACGCCACCGUCAACGCCGAGCGCCAGCUCGCGCACGACCCGGCCUCGGACGGGCAGCUGUCGGUGCACCAGUUCUGGCGCCGCGCCCUCGAGAACCGCAAGCGCCACAAGGACGUCUUCGUGUACGGCGACUUCAAGGCCCUGGGCGACCCGCACCCGGCCGUCUUCGCCUACAAGCGCUGGAGCGACAAGGAGGCGUUCGUCACCAUCCUGAACUUCUCUGGCGAUGAGGUCGAGUGGGAGAUUCCGCACGAGGCCAAGGUGAAGAGCUGGGCCGCUUGGAACUAUGACAAGGAGAAGCCCGAGGGUCUGGCGACCGAAGGGAAGAUCAAGUUGAAGCCGUGGGUGGGGUUGUUGGCUGUGGCUGAUGUGUAA